AGCGUUUUGUGUGGUUGAGAUUGUCUUCUCUCGCUCUCCCUCUCCCUUCUGGUUGCUCAUUAUUCAGAAAGAGGCAGAGACACACACACACACACACACACACACUGACUGAGUGAGAGAGACGGAUCUUUCAGGUCAUCUGCAGCUGCAGAGCAGCAGCAGCCAGAGAAGGAGAGAGAGAAAGAGGAGAAGAUAAAAAAAAGCAGAGAAGAUGGCAAUUCUCCAUUGCUGAACCUGGCAGCAUGAGAGUCAAGGAACAAGUUGAAGCAGAGAGCCACCAUCUCUCCUCAUAGAUACAACGCCACAUUGUGAGGGAGCAGGACAACAGAGGCUGGUGCAGCCAACGUCCAGAGAGCUCUAAUUUCCUAAUGUAAAAAAAAUAACAUUAGACCAUGGAAGUUCUUCAGUGUGAUGGCUGUGACUUCAGAGCUCAAUCCUAUGAAGAUCUAAAGGCUCACAUACAAGAUGUUCAUACAGCAUUUUUGCAGCCUACAGACGUUACUGAGGAAGGCUCUAGUCAGGCUAGAUCUGUGGGUACGAAUUCCACCAACCAGUCAGAAGCUGUGUUUCCUUCUAUGAAAGAUGAAUUUGUGCCUACAGAAGAAACUCAUGAUCAGACUACUCCACAAGCAACUACUGGAUCAUACUACAGUCAGGGCCUUGGAUUCUAUAGUCAACCUUCUGCCAGCAGUUCUAAGCCAACCAAUAAAUUUUUUCAGUGCAAAUUCUGUAUUCGCUAUUUUAGAUCUAAAUAUCUUCUUGUGGAGCAUACUAAAAAAGUCCAUGGACCUGGAGGAGGGAGCCCUGGAGGUCCUGGAAAUGCAAAUUAUAAUAUUAUGCUACACGAUGGUUUUGGCAAAGUCUUCUCUUGUCAGUUUUGCACAUACAAGUCACCAAGAAGGGCAAGAAUAAUUAAGCAUCAGAAAAUGUACCACAAAAAUAGCUUAAAAGAAAUGCAAGCAACUUCAGUUUCCCAAACCCCUCCUGUAUCAAUGCCAAUGCAAGAAACAUGUAAAGAACUACCAGCUGAAGUUGUAGAACGCAGCAUUCUAGAAUCUAUGGUAAAACCUCUAACAAAGUCUAGAGGAAACUUCUGCUGUGAAUGGUGCAGCUACCAGACACCACGACGGGAGCGCUGGUGUGAUCACAUGAUGAAGAAACACAGGGGCAUGGUCAAAAUCCUAUCAAGUUUAAGACAGGAUGGACUGAAUAUAUCAGAUCUACAAAAUAGAAGUUCUCAAAUACCCAAUCCUGGAUCUAGUUAUAUGCCUCUAAACAUGGCAACACAUGAUACAGCUAAUGCUAGUAUGUCUGCCUAUAGAAAUCCUGUGAGUAAUCUUCCAAGUGGUAAUCCAUCAAAAUAUCAGUCCAUGCCACAUGUUCCAGUGAAACAACCAAAGCUGGCCACAAAUCCGGGCCUUUUGAAUAUGUCAGAAAGGUCUCCCUAUGAAAUGUCAGAAAGAUCCAGUUCCAUGAUGGAUAUGGAUGAGAACAGUUUUUUUAAUGAUUCAAGCUCAGAUGAUGACUAUAUUGACAUUGAUGGGGAAAAUGGUUUAGGUUCAUUGGAACUUGGAAUGUCUGGAGAACCACUGUUGGGAUCUGAGAACAACAAACUGUUGGAGACAAAGGGAAUUCCCUUUAGAAGGUUUAUGAACAGAUUUCAAUGUCCAUUUUGCCCAUUUCUCACAAUGCAUCGUCGAAGUAUCUCUCGUCAUAUUGAAAAUAUCCACUUGUCUGGAAAAACCCCUGUUUACAAGUGUGAUGAAUGUCCCUUUUCUUGCAAAAGUCCCCUCAAGCUUGGUGUACACAAGCAGUGUCAUGGUGGUACAUCAUCAGAUUGGGAUCCCAUUAAUUCACUUAGUGAAAGCAUGUCUUCAUCAUUAAAUGAAGCAUAUGAGAGUAACAAUAUAAAUGGCAAAAAACCUGGAAGCAUAGCAGACUCUUCUCAGCAGAACCCAUACAAAUGCACUAUGUGCAAUUAUUCUACAACAACUCUAAAAGGUCUGCGUGUUCACCAACAACAUAAACAUUCAUUUUGUGACAACUUGCCAAAUAGUAGUGGUAAUCUGGUACAUCAAAUGCAAGGUGAUGAAACAGAUUUGACUGACUCUAGCACAGUAAGAAAGAGUCAAACAUCUAUUUUAGGAUUAUCUUCCAAAAAUAAUUUUGUAGCCAAGACAUCUCGGAAAGGAUCAAGUGAGUUUCCUUUGGACUUGUCACCUGUGAAGAAAAGAACUAGAAUUGAUGAAAUUGCAAGCAAUCUUCAGAGCAAGAUCAACCAAAGCAAAAACAAGGAGGAUGCAGUUAUUAAUGUGGAAGACGAUGAAGAUGAUGAGGAGAAUGAAGUGGAAAUAGAAGUAGAAUUGGACAAAGAGGAGGAUCCAUUAGAACAGAUAGAGUCAGGAGAUCAGUAUGCUAUGCAACACAUGUGGAAUAGAGAUAUUGGAAUGUCCCCAAAGAACACAAACUUCAGAAACCUUCAGAACAAUUAUUCUGGAGGCAAUAGUGCAGAAAUUGAGUUGACGUUAUCAGACGAUGAUGAGGAUUACUACUACCAGUCUGCUAGUAUGAAAGACCAUGAACAAAAUUCUUCUCUUGCUUUAAACCAGUCCAGUUUCUAUGAGGGUGACCAACUUGGUGACAAUCUGGAUUUCAAUGAUGAAUCUGGAAGGUUAUAUUACUGCAAACACUGUGAUUUUAGCAACAAAUCUGCCCGAAGUGUUAGUACUCAUUAUCAACGCAUGCAUCCCUACAUUAAGUUCAGUUUUAGGUAUAUCUUGGAUCCUAAUGAUCACAGUGCUGUAUACAGAUGUCUUGAAUGCUAUAUUGACUAUAACAAUUUUGAAGAUUUGCAACAGCACUAUACAGAGCACCAUCCUGAAGCAAUGAAUGUUCUCAAUUUUGACCAGUCAGAUCUCAUUUAUAAAUGCCGGUUUUGUUCAUACACAAGCCCUAAUGUUCGGAGCUUGAUGCCACACUACCAAAGAAUGCAUCCAACUGUAAAAAUCAAUAAUGCUAUGAUAUUUUCGAGUUAUGUUGUUGACCAAUCAGAAGACCUUAAUGCUGAGUCACAAACUUUAAGAGAAAUCUUAAAUUCUGCUCCAAAAAACAUGUUGACAUCCACUCCAUCAAGUCAUGGAAAUAACUCUACAACAUCCUUUACUAAAAAUACCCCAAAGCCAUUUGCUACAGAGAAUGACAACCAGAAGAGUCCUUCUGUUAACAAUGUUGUAGUUUAUGAUUGUGACAUUUGUGGAUUUGCAAGUCCAAACAUGCAUUCUGUUUUAGUUCACUGUCAGAAAAAGCAUCCCGAUGAGAAGGCAUCUUAUUUCAGGAUUCAAAAAACAAUGCGUGUUGUUCCUGUGGAUAGUGGAACAGCCAUUUCUCAGUUCGCAUUUGAUGGAGGUGCUUCUGUUACUCCCAGUAUUACCAAUGUGGCUUCCCACCCAGAAGUAAAUGUUGAGCUAUAUUACUGCAAGCAUUGUUCAUAUAGUAACCGCUCUGUUGUUGGAGUAUUAGUACAUUAUCAAAAGAGGCAUCCUGAAAUUAAAGUAACUGCUAAGUAUAUUCGACAGGCACCACCAACGUCUGAGUCGCAAAGAAAUGUAGAAGGCCAACACCACGCACCAGGAAAACCUCAACCAGUUCCAAAAAAAAGGAGUCAGCCCAAAGAUAAUGAGAUGUUUUUCUGUCAGCAUUGUGACUAUGGAAAUCAAACUGUAAAAGGAGUUCUUAUACAUUAUCAAAAGAAGCACAAAGAUUACAAGGUAAAUGCAGAUACUGUUAGGCAACAUACAGCUGCAAUAAGGAGUCUUUGUGAACAAGGCCAAAAGAAACCUACUAGUAUACAAAAUGCACCUUCCAUUACAGAGUCAGAAAAGACAAAACUUAGAAGUCUCAAAUGUAGGCAGUGUUCAUUUUCCACACCAUAUGUUUAUGCACUGAGAAAACAUAUGAAGAAAGAUCAUCCUACUCUCAAGGCUACAGUGACUUCAAUUUUGAAAUGGGCUUUCUUAGAUGGAUUUAUUCAAGCAGGUUAUCACUGUGAAUGGUGUAUUUAUUCUCAUUCAGAGCCAAGUGGUCUUCUUGAACAUUACCAAAGGAGGCAUCCCGAGCACUAUGUGGAUUAUACCUAUAUGGCAACAAAGUUGUGCACAGGACCUGAUCCUACACCUGCACAAGUAACACCUGAAACCAAAUCCUAUAAUUGCAGAGACUGUAACUUUGAAGCUUCUUCUAUAUGGGAUAUUACUAAUCACUAUCAAUCUUUCCAUCCAUGGGCGUUGAAAGGAGAUGAAUCCGUACUUCUUGACAUCAUAAAGGAGAAAGGAGCUGUACAAAUGUCACAUUUCGAAGAAUUGUCAUUGCAGACUGCGUCUACCCAUAAAGAUUCCAUAAACCUUGAACCACUUUUUGAGAGUGGAGAUGACUCCAGUUUACUGCAAGAAAAAACUGCACAGCUGUCCUCUUCACAGUCGUCUUCACCUUAUCAGUGCGCAGUCUGCUUAUCUGAAUACAACAAUUUACAUGGCCUUCUAACACACUAUGGUAAGAAGCAUCCUGGCAUGAAGGUUAAAGCUGCUGAUUUUGCCCAGGAUGUAGACAUUAACCCAGGAGCAGUGUAUAAAUGUAGACAUUGCCCAUACAUUAACACACGUAUUCAUGGUGUUCUUACCCACUACCAAAAACGGCAUCCUUUGAUAAAGGUCACAGCGGAAGAUUUUGUGCAUGAUGUAGAACCACCUAAUGAAUCCACUCAAAAUGAAAGUGAAGAAAAUAAUAAAAUAUUUAAACAGGGAUAUGGUGCCUACAGAUGUAAAUUAUGCCCCUACACCCAUGGUACACUUGAAAAACUAAAAAUUCAUUAUGAAAAAUAUCAUCAUCAAGCGGAACCUAACAUGCUCUCUAAAACACCAGAGAAAGAAGCUUUUAGUCCCAAUCCAGAUAUUUACUCUGAUCACAUACCUCCUCACACAGUAGUUACUCUGGAACCAGGGGAGGUUACUGGGCUUACUGGCUUCAGACCACGCAAGAACAUUAACCCACACACUGUCUUCAGAUGUCAGCUGUGUAAAUAUUUCUGCUCUACCAGAAAAGGGAUCGCAAGGCACUACCGUAUAAAACAUAAUAAUGUCCGAGCUCAACCAGAAGGCAAAAAUAAUCUGUUCACAUGUGCACUUUGUUCUUAUACUAAUCCUAUUCGAAAAGGUCUUGCUGCACAUUAUCAGAAACGGCAUGACAUAGAUGCAUACUAUACACAUUGUCUAGCUGCAUCUAGAACCGUAAAUGAUGAUAAUGAUAUACAAGACAAAGUUGUCAUUUCUACCCCUGAUAAUGAAGAUUCUUCUGAAAUGAGUGAUGAUUUGAAAAACGCCAUUGAGAAGAAAAAAUGUUCUCUUUGUGCAUUUCAGUCUUAUAGCAAAAAAGGGAUUGUAUCACAUUAUAUAAAAAGGCAUCCUGGAGUUUUCCCCAAAAAACAGCAUGCUAGUAAGCUUGGUAGUUAUUUUACACUUGUAUAUGGUGAAGAAAACGAGAGCCUAAGCUGUUUGGAAGAAAAACCUGAAAUCGAUGUACCAUCAGAGGACUCAGAAGAAACCCAAGAACAAGAAUUGCUUCCAUUUAGAUGUAUCAAAUGCUUUAAGUUGUCUUUUAGCACAGCUGAACUUCUCUGCAUGCACUAUACAGACCAUCACUGCAAAGACAUAAAGAGGGACUUCUCCAUUGUGGGUACCACAGGUACCCGUUCCUUAACAACCGUUUAUCAGUGCAAACACUGCAAUGUCAAAUUAAGCAGUAUCGCUGAGCUAACCUUUCAUUUAAACAUACACAUUGAAGAUUUCCAAAAACGUGCCAAACGCCAAGAAAGAAGGAAACAGCUGUUACAAAAGCAAAAAACUGCUGAAAGUUUAAUUCCAGAUGGCAAACAGGAAAAGUUACAGACAGGAAGUGGUCAAGAGACAGUGACAAAGGGAUUAAAGGAAAAGGUAGUUGUGGGCUACAAAUGUAAAUUCUGCGUGGAAGUCCAUCCCACUCUUCGAGCCAUCUGUAACCAUCUCCGCAAACACAUCCAGUAUGGAAAUGCUCACCCACUUCCACCUGAAUUAAAGAAUGAUGCAGAGGUGGAGGUGAGUAACACAGAAGUUGAAAAAGAGCCUGAAGAAUCAAAACCAGUGGGGGAAUCAAAACCAGAAGAAGCUUCCAUAGAUGUAAUUAAAGAAGUAAAAUUACCAAAGAGAUGUAGGAUUGGUGGCUAUCCCUGUAAACAGUGUGACCGCGUUCUAAUGUCAAUGCAAGGCUUGCGUUCCCAUGAGAGGAGUCACUUGGCACUAGCCAUGUUUACUCGAGAAGACAAAUACAGCUGCCAGUUCUGCUCCUUUGUCUCUGCCUUCAGGCACAAUCUGGAUCGACACCUCCAGGAACACCAUGGACAUUACAAGCCAUUUAGAUGUAAACAUUGCCCAUUCAAAACUUCUUCAAAUAGCCGUCUGAAAACACAUAUUGCAAAGGCACAUGGAGGUGAACAUGCCUACAAGUGCUCAUUUUGUUCGAUAUCAAAAAUGACAAUCAGUCAGUUAAAAGAUCACUGUAUAAAGGUCCAUGGAAAAACUCUUACAUUACCAAAGCUUCGAACUAUGGGUCCAAGUAGCCCGCGUGCCAAACAAAGUACACGGAUUGGGAAGGAAGGUGCGGAUGAGGCCACAUAUUCUGAGCCACCAGAUGUCCAGCAGCAGCUCAAUCAUUAUCAGUCAGCUGCUUUAGCCAGAAAUAACAGCAAUAAUAGUCCUGGACCUCUACCUGUGGUUACAAUGGCACUAGAACAUAAAGAAGAUUUUAUCCUCAAGUGUGAAUUUUGUGACUUUUCCUCUGGGUACAUCCAAAGCAUUCGCCGUCACUACAGGGACAAACAUGGAGGAAAGAAGCUGUUUAAGUGCAAAGACUGCAACUAUUAUACAUGCUAUAAAUCUGCUUUUACCAUGCAUAUUGAAGCAGGCCAUUCGUCUGUUCCCCAGGAGGGGCCCAAAGAUCUGAGAUGUCCACUCUGCCUGUACCAUACCAAAUACAAACACAAUAUGAUAGAUCAUAUUGUCCUGCAUAGAGAAGAGAGAGUAGUCCCCAUCGAAGUUUGUCGCUCAAAGUUAUCAAAACAACUGCAAGGAGUUGUGUUCCGCUGUGACAAAUGUACCUUUACCUGCUCCAGUGAUGAAAGCCUGCAGCAGCACAUUGAGAAGCACAAUGAACUAAGGCCCUACAAAUGCCAGCUAUGUUAUUAUGAAGCCAAGCAAAAUGAGGAACUAGAUAGUCACCUUACAGAGGAACAUAAGGUGUGUCGCAAUUUUGAGCUUGUUGGGCUAGUUAAUUUGGAUCAAUUGGAACAAAUGAGAGAUAAAACAGAGGCUUCAAGCAGUGAUGAAGAAGAAUCUGCUGCUAAGCCAGAAGGUACCAUGCAGGUCCCUGAUGUCAACGAUGCUGCUGAAGAAAAGCGUUUACCUUGUGAAUUCUGUGGUAGAACCUUUGCACUUAGAACAGAAUGGGAAAAACAUGUUUUAAGGCAUGGAAUGACUGUAGUUGCAGUUGAAAAUAAGAAAGAGAAUGAAGAAAACCGAAAGCCAAAAGAAAAUGUUGGGGACACUUAUAAUGACGCAAAGCUAGCGGAGGAAAGUAUUGAUACUUCACAGCAAACAAAAACCUCAUGUCUGAAGAACUUUGUUGUGACCAAAAUGGAAUAAUUAUUUUAGGAAACACAAUGUUGCUUGAACAGGAACACGAACACUGACACAGUUGAAGAAGGAAAAGAAAGCUGCUUUUUUUCGGACUUGUAGCAUCUUCUAUUUUCAAGCACUGAUACUCGUACGAGUUUGUAUAAAGUUCAUUUAUUUAAAUGAGGAACCAAGUCAAGGAAUGACUUCACUACAUCCUUUCUUCUUCGUUAAUAUACAUUUUGGUUGAACAAGGACUAAUGAAACUUUUGCUUCACAGCACAGACUUUCUGGUGCACUCUUUUCUGCUAAGAAUGACUAAUACUGCAUGGCAGUACUUUUAAAAAGCACCACUUUUGGGACAAUUUUUUAACACGUACUUUCCAUUCUGUUGCAUUUACUCUAUGAGAUGAGAAGUAAAAUGUAUUUUUAUUUUAUUUUUCUGUUAAAUUGCAUUGGUCACUAUACUCCUAGUACCUCAAGAAAAAGUUCCAAGGGAGUUCUCUGCAUUUACCCAAGCUGCUUUUCCAAGCAGAUGAAUGUCAGGAAAGCUUGCUAAAAUUGUGAACAAAAAUGAACUAAGUGUGUGGAAAAUACACACAAUAUUCUUGAAAACCUUUUGUGGGUUUUGUCUUAAAAAUACUGUGAUUUUUUUUUCUAAGUUUUAAUAAACUAAAAAAUUGAAAACCUAUUAGAAUACAAGGUAUCUAUUUGUAAACUGUUGUACAAAUAUUUUUUUCUUAAAGGUUAAUUUAGGAAUUCAGAUUUUUCAGCCUGUUUAUUAAAUACUGCAUUAGACCAAUGCAGCACGGUUCUGAGUUUGAAAAGGGGAGGCUGUGGUUAAUGUAAUAUUAAUGUUUACCAUUGGUUUUGUAUCCCUACUCAACCAAUAAAAUGCAUCUGUUUUUUAGUAUACUAAUCUGCAUAUGAGGCACUUCUCAUAAAUGUUUGGUAUGAUAUGAUGCAAAGUAAAAGGACGUCUGAUAUUAGGACAUUAUCUUGUUACAGAAAGAUUAUCCAUCUUAAGAUUGUAUGUUUGCCUGAAUCCUAGGAAUGAAUGUCUACCACCCAUGCUCUAGUUAUAAAUUUGGCCAAUAGCUUUUUUUCCUGAGUCCGUAGCUUGCCUAGCUGAUACAAUCCUGGCGACAUCUAAGGGUUUCCACUUAUUAGAUUCUCAUCCUCCAGUUCCUAAGUGUAUGUACACAGAGGUUAACGGAACUAAAGAUUACUGCUACUAGCUGCACAAACUGAGCAGAUAAACAAUGGAAAGCAAUGCAAAAUUUAAGGCAGCAUACAUAUUCAAAUCACAGUAGGUUCCCUCAAUCAUUCAGAAUACCCAUGUAUUAAAAAAUCUAUAUCUUUUCUAGAACAGACCAUUCUUUUACAUAUGGAGGAGUUUUGUUUACUUCAAGCUGUAGAAAUUAAGAACUGAUCUUCAGAUAUAUAUAAUUUUUUUUAUUUUUUCAAGUUUUUAACAAAUUUUUGUCUGUUUCAUUCAGAAAUGUAUUUACAUCUUGAAAGAUUACCACUCUAAAUGUGUAGGUAAUAUGCAUAUGUUUUGUUUUAAAUUAACGUGUUGCACCUUUUUUUUUAUGUAACAUUUUUAGCCAACAUGCAGUUAAAAUGGUCAUUCAAAUUUAGCAUGGGACUCAAAAACUGUACACAUUUUACCUCAUUCCUUUUGCAUUUGAGCAGAAAUUGUUUCAGGUUUACCUUGCUGGAAACUGCUAGACAGGCAUCUUUAGAGAUGGCUUUUGCAAACCUAUGUGCUUUGUACAUACAUUUACACUUAUCCUAGCCUCCAAUAACUAAUUUAUAUGUAAUAAGGACACAAUAAGUUUGUACUAAUUGUGAAAAUGGAGACUUAAUGAGACUUCAGCUUAAAGCUGUAGCUUAAGAAACCAUUUGUAAUUAUUUUUAUUUUUUUUGUUAGGGCAGAAAGUAGAUGAUAGACUUUGAAAACUGCAAGAUACUGAUUGGCCUUUUCUUGAAGCUCCUUGUACAUGCUGAAACAAUGGAGUGGUUACCAAAAACUGUACGACAUGCGAAGUGUGAUGCUUUAUCACUACUUUAUUUUUUAAAUAACAUGUAAAUAUUGUAAUCCAUUGGACUUUGCUUUGCUAACCAGUUAAUUAAACUAUGGGACCAUUAUUGUUUAAAAUUAC